UUUAAUUAGAUGCUGCUUUCUUGUGCUUUUAAAAAUAUACAUUUAUUUGAUUUUUUUUAUGUGUCUUAGAUUUGCUAACUCCUAGACUGAAUAGAGACCCACUUUCUAUUCAAGUAAACACCGUAAUCCAUUCUGCAGCUUGUGUUUAGCUGGGUUUCUCUGACAGAAAGGCACUUUUCCACUCUGUAAAUUAUUAAAAGAGAGGUGUUUGAUUUCUGUGUGGGGCAGCCAGGAAGCAAAAUGGAGGCCACUGUCGAGUGUCCUCCUUUAAUGCAAUCCACCUUCUCUCUUUGUGACCUGCAGAGAUGGUUUGAUGUGCAGCUGUGUCCCAUCCAUGGCUGAAAGGCUCCUCCAAUGGGAUCUUGGUUUAGUGACAGGGUCAGGGGGUUAUUAAUGUUGCACGGCUACUUUUAUGUAAUCCAGGGCAUAAACCUAAAGCUAUCUCCUGAUUAUAUCAAUAAGUGACACCUGGGAGGAGGGUCUAUGUGUUAUGUGAUGCUACAAAGCAGACAAUUGAGGAAUGGGUGCUUUAUGCUGGCUGCAUCACUUUUUAGCAGUACUAAUAAAAAUGUGUGUUCCAGUUCAUGCAGGUGGAUGGAUCACCUGCCAGGGAAAGGAAUUCUCCCAGACCCUUGUGGUCCUGAUGCAAAGCCCAGACCCAGUGCAUUCAGUGGAGCGAGCCCAGCUUUGCAGGAGCCACCUCUCCUCGGCUCAUCUGUGACACUCCGGACUCCAAGCCCCACACAGGCUCCUAUUAAAGCAACAGCUCCGAUGCAAUCAGAGCAGACAACACCAGCGAGCAUAAGCCGGCCCAGACCGACUGCUCUUGGGACUAAAGCUGCUUCAAAACAGACUAAAGCCUCACUGGAAUCUUCCAAGGAAAUAGACUUGAUUCCUGUUUGCAUCCCGGGUCCUCAGAGUGCCAACGUCAUCCCGCAUUCCUCCUCAGAGCCUUCGUUUCCUAACAGCAAUCCCCCAGGUCCUCAACUUUACCUGAACCCCGCUCCCAGCAUUCUUCGUUCCAGUCCUAACCUGACCCCGAGUCUCAGCCCCAAACCCAGCUCCGGACUUCAGCCACAGGACGCUCCGUCACCCAGGAGCUCGAUGCAGAUUCAGUCUGAGAGGCCAGGAGGAGAGCACGACUUCAGAGUGAGCAUCGUCACAUGGAACGUGGGAUCAGCUGUCCCACCAGAUGACAUCACGUCUCUGUUUGGACCAAAUGUUUUGGACGGGAGCAUCGACAUGUUCGUCAUCGGACUCCAGGAGGUCAACUCCAUGAUAAACAAGAGACUGAAGGAUGCUCUUUUUUCAGACCAGUGGAGCGAGCUGUGCAUGGACACGCUCAGUCCGUAUGGAUAUGUUUUAGUGGCAUCUCAGCGCAUGCAAGGAGUCCUGCUCAUGGUUUUCUCUAAGUUCAGCCAUCUCCCAUUCCUCAGAGACGUGCAGACUCAGAGAACACGAACGGGACUGGGAGGUUACUGGGGGAAUAAAGGCGGCGUUAGCGUGAGAAUGACGAUGUUUGGCCACCCCGUGUGCUUUCUGAACUGUCACCUUCCGGCUCAUAUGAGGAACUUGGAGCAGCGGAUGGAGGAUUUUGAAAGCAUCCUUCAGCAGCAGCAGUUUGAAGGAGGAACGGCCACUGGUGUGCUGGACCAUGACGUAAUUUUUUGGUUUGGGGAUUUAAAUUUCCGUAUCGAGGACUAUGACAUCCACGUGGUGAAAUGUGCCAUUGACAGUAAUAAGUUGCCUCUUCUGUGGGAGCGAGAUCAGCUCAACUUGGCCAAAAACACAGAGUCCAUCCUGGAGGGCUUCAUGGAGGGGCCCCUCAACUUUCCUCCCACCUAUAAGUUCGAUGUGGGGACUCACACCUACGACACCAGUUCAAAGAAGAGGAAACCUGCAUGGACAGACCGCAUUCUCUGGCGCCUUCGCCGCACUGGUUCCCCAGUUCCUACCCACAAUGCAUCACUGCAGCGAGGUCUGACCUCCUGGCUGGGUGGGGCGACUAAAGUGAUACAACAUAGGUACCAAAGUCACAUGGGCUUCACCAUCAGCGACCACAAGCCGGUUUCUGCCCUGUUUUCUCUGCAGUUCCCAUUCAGGCUGGACAUUCCUCUGGUGGAGCUGCAGGUGAACAAGGAGUGGUGCAAAGCCUCGGACGCCACAGUCAGAUUCACAGUUACUUCAGCAUAUCAGCGCAGCUCAUGGGACUGGGUCGCAAUUUACAAGGUUGGAUUCAGACAUCACAAAGAUUAUCAGGCUUAUGUUUGGGCCAAAGGAGAACAUGCUACUCAGGUCACAUUCUCAGAGGAGGAUUUACCGAGAGAUGAUUGUGAAUUCAUCCUGGGUUACUACAGUCAUAUUAUGAACAGUAUCGUUGGGUUAUCUUCACUAAUUCAGAUCAAGAUGCCAGCUCACAGCCCCAGUGUGUGUCGCUCUGACAGCUCUGAUGUCAGCUCAGAAGAUGACAGCACUUUAGUCCUGCUGGCUUCAAACUCCCGCAGUCCCAGCCCUAAAACAGGCAAACGCCAGCACCAACACCGCCGUAGCCGCAGCCCGGCUGUUCCUGCACUGUCCCCCAACCCACUACCUGCCCUGCAAGGCCUCAGCCUCUGUCCUCGCCCUAAAGAGUGCCAUACACAAAACCGAUCGCCCUGCUCGGCUGCUAAGAAGGAGCGCCUGGUCUCCCCUGACACUGUGAUGUCUCCCAUCAUCACCCCUCUCAGUCCUCGUAGUCCAGUAUCCCCAGGUUGUGGCGUGACAGCACCAGAGGCCCUGAUUGUAGCCAUCCUAGGUGAGCACAGUCCUGCUCAGGUUAGCCCCACGAGGGUGAAAAACAUCAGGAAGCUGGAGGAAACGGACACGAGAAAGAACAUAGAGUUAGAAUGAAAUUGAGGAUGUCUAUAAUGUCUGACGUCACUUGUCUCUGAGCUCAUAGAAGCAAUACAUGAUGUAGUUUGCAAACAUUCUGCAUUUUAGCUGUGCAUUUUCCUGUUUGUGAAUCAAAUAUUUCAUGCACUUUAUAUAAUACUUCGAGCUAAAUUUGUGAUCUGACUCUUGGGAUCUUUUAUCAUAAUGCAAACAAGCUUAACAUGAAACCAGAGUCUGAGCGACUUGGUGAUGGAUGUGACCAGCUAUCAUUUACAGCAAUAUGGAUCCAUGUCAACGUUUAUAUCAGAAUAAGAACCCUGGACCAGAGGUAUUGAUGGGGUUAGAGUUCACGCCCGACAAAGGAACAUGUUUGUGUGUGUGGCUAUUUGUAAGUGUUAGUUUGUUCAUUUAAAUGUGUGAAACUUGCCUUUUUAGACCUCAUGAUUUUAACUCCGUACGACCCAGUCUGCAUUGAUGUGAAGAUGGACAUCAUUGUUCUCCACUCAUCAGGGAGAGUUUUGUUUGAUUGUGCAAAAGUAUGAAUACAAUUUUAAACAAAUAAGUCAUCAACAAACUAACAUAUUUGUAACCUUUCAUUGAAAUAAACACAUGUGUGCAAAUUGA